CACACACCACCACCUCCACCACCGCUGUUGCCGCCACCACUUCCACCACACACACAGUGACGGCUGCCAGGCGCAGUGGGAAGCAAGCCGUCAGGGAGUGAGCUUGAGAAGAAAGAGAGGGGAAGAGAAGAGAGUUGGAGGGGGCACCUUGUGGAUCAGAAGGGAUUUUCCUCUGUGUGAGUGCACGUCUGGAUAACGCCAUCUGCUUCUUCCUCAGCUAGAGGAGUUUUCACCACGGCUUUUUCUUUUUGCUCAUCCUCCACGCCGGGCUUCAGCAGUAUCUACCUAUCUAUCCCCGGAGCUUAACAAAAGAGGGAGGGAGUGAGGAAAAAUAAGGCAGUCACAGCUUCAGCUCUAGACCACCCUCUCUCCUCCUCCGCCUCCUCCUCCUCUUCCUCCUCCUCCUCUUUUCUCCCCAGCUCCACAUCCAUGUGUGAGUUCAUCGCUGAUUUCACUGUCUUUUAAGGAUAGAGAAGAGGACAGCGUGUGUUCUCCAGGAUACAGCCGAGCUCCCAGAGGGAUCAGGGUCUCGUCUGGUACACAAGAGAGGGGGAGGAAGAACGAGACAGGGAAACGCAUACACAGGAAGAGAGAGAGAGCUGGAGAGAGACAAGAGAAAGACACUGGAAAGCAAAUUGAGGGGCAUGUUCAGGGCAGCACAGAAGAAGAGUGAGUCUAAUUUUUAGAGCGGAGUGUGCAGGGAACCGGCAACCGAAACCCAGCCGUUCAUCCCUCCUCCUUAUCAUCCUCUUCUUCUUCCCUCUGCUUUCCCCCCCUCUCAGUCAGGCUUUUCAAUUCCCUCUAUUGUUUCCUGUAUUUCUGCUAUCCUUUCAUAUCUUCCUUUCCUCACUCCACACCUCCUUCUCCCCAAACCUCUUUCUGCUGCCACUCCGGAAUCUCUUUCCAGACCCACGCAAGGAAUGGUUCUGUGAGAUUCCCUUUGAGCUCUCAGACAAGUAGACGGACUAAAAUCUCAAGCACUAUCUGUUCUUCUAUCCAUUCCUCCUUCUGCGCGUGUAUCACCUUCACCAGUGAGAGGAGAGCGUUCUCUCUUCAUCCCCCACUCUUGGAAGCAGUCAUUUAAAGAAUUCAGGCCAUCCCCUCGGAAGUGAUCAGCCUCCAGGACCUUCAACUGGAUUCCAGCUACAUGGGAAAACGUUUGGAACAGCAGCCAAUGUACCCCCACUACACCUACUACUACCCCCACUAUCUCCAGACCAAGCAGUCCUAUGCCCCUCCCCCUCCACCCAUGGCUCCACCCAGCCCUGGCAACACAGGAGGAGGAGGAGGUGGUGGAGGUCAGGGAGGAGGGCUAAUGGAGCAACUUAGUAAGACCAACCUGUACAUCAGAGGCCUGCCACCUGCCACUACCGACCAGGACCUCAUCAAACUCUGCCAGCCGUGA